CGUUGGUACCAACCGAUAUCAUGAGAUGGAGGACACUUGUGAGAUGCCGCCAGUGUGUUUGACAGCAAGUGGCAACUGAGAUUCACCACUUACAAGGCUAAAGAGGAACAUGAAGAGAGGAUCAAAUUUAUCCACCGAAGUGGGCAAGCUGCAUUGUUGAAGUGGCCUCCAUCUGAUGAUAUCUGUGGCAUCUUUUUUAAAAGAUUUGUGGAAAUUUAAAAGAAAUCACAAAUAUUGCUAAAGAUAGAGCUACAACUAAAAUUAUGAGGAGUUCCACCAAAAAGAUCUGUCCUCUAAAUGUCUUACAGGAUUUAAGUAACUGUUUGAGAGUCAAAGGAGGUAAAAUGACUCAAUACUUUAUGAAAAAUGUGUUUGGUCGAACUGUUUCUCUUCACACCAAGACCCCUCAUGUUGAUAUUGUUAGCUUUUGGAGGGACCAAAGCCUUAAGAUGGGGACCGCUGGACUAAACUCCCAAAGUGAAGCAGUAAAAACAGCUCCAGAGAACAAUCUCAUAAUGUAAGAUAAUCAUAUGUCAGGUCAUUUACAGGCAUGCAAGCAUAUAUAUUUUUCAUAUUUUUACAGCUGAAAUAAAGGAUCUGAGUACUUCAUCCACAUCCCAUUGCAAGUUAAAAGACAGAGAAGCAAAGCUGAUGCCAGAAAAACAUGAAUAUGUAGCCAGAAAGAGGAUAAAUCGGUUUGAAGUUCUGUGCAAAGGCUUUUUCUUCAUGCAAGUAACAGCAAGUCAAAAAAGCAACUAAAACAACAUUUUGAGGGAGAACGUGCAGAAUGUGGGAGUAGAGUUAUUAUCCCUCCCUCCCUCCAUCUAUCUGCCGCCUCCUCCUAAAGCCCUGAAUCAGCACCUUUACUCAGACAGACAGACAGACAGACAGACAGACAGACAGACAGACACAGACAGACAGACAGACACCUGGGAGACGUCUGCACAUAUAAAGAGCAGCAGGAAGCGAACAGGACAGAGUAGCACUGUGGUGACGGAGACUCGUUACUCGUCCCGGGACGCUGCAGAGGAAAUACUGCUGACUGAACAACCAACAACACAACUUGUCACUACUGUCACCUGGAGCAACAUGAGAGAGUGCAUCUCCAUCCAUGUGGGCCAGGCGGGUGUCCAGACAGGAAAUGCAUGCUGGGAGCUCUUCUGCCUCGAGCAUGGCGUCGGUCCUGAUGGCGUCUUCCUGGAUGUUCCUGCAGAAGCAAACUCUCGAGAAGAUCCAUUCAACACUUUCUUCAAUACUGGGAGCUUUGGACGUCAUGUUCCAAGAGCGAUAUAUGUCGACCUGGAGCCCACAGUGGUUGAUGAAGUGAGGGUCGGGAAGUACAGAGAGCUGUUCCACCCAGAGCAGCUGAUCUCUGGAAAGGAGGACGCUGCCAACAACUACGCUCGUGGCCAUUACACCGUUGGGAAAGAAAUCAUUGAUGGAGUCAUGGAGCGUGUUCGUAAAAUGACGGACCAGUGUACAGGCCUGCAGGGGUUCCUGGUCUUCCACAGCUUUGGAGGGGGGACUGGCUCUGGCUUCACCUCUCUGCUGAUGGAACGUCUGUCUGUAGACUACGGCAAGAAGUCCAAGUUGGAGUUCGCGGUGUACCCAGCUCCCCAGGUGUCCACUGCUGUGGUGGAGCCCUACAACGCCAUCCUGACCACCCACACCACCCUGGAGCACUCCGACUGUGCCUUCAUGGUUGACAACGAGGCCAUCUACGACAUAUGCCGACGCAACAUGAACAUCGAGAGUCCUGGGUACAUCAACCUCAACAGAUUGAUUGGUCAGAUAGUUUCCUCAAUCACUGCUUCCCUUCGUUUCGAUGGCGCCCUCAACGUCGAUCUCACGGAAUUCCAGACCAACUUGGUGCCGUACCCUCGUAUCCACUUCCCUCUGGUGACCUACUCGCCCAUCAUUUCUGCUGAGAAGGCCUACCAUGAGCAGUUGACCGUGUCUGAGAUCACCAGCGCUUGUUUUGAACCGACCAAUCAGAUGGUGAAGUGUGAUCCUCGUCAUGGCAAGUACAUGGCCUGCUGCCUGCUGUACCGAGGCGACGUCGUCCCGAAGGAUGUGAACGCUGCCAUUGCGAACAUAAAGACCCGACGUUCCAUUCAGUUUGUCGACUGGUGCCCCACUGGCUUCAAGGUCGGCAUUAAUUACCAACCACCAACUGCUGUUCCUGGUGGAGACCUGGCGAAGGUCCAGAGGGCUGUGUGCAUGCUGAGCAACACCACUGCUAUCGCUGAGGCCUGGUCUCGUCUUGACCACAAGUUUGACCUCAUGUAUGCUAAGCGUGCCUUUGUCCACUGGUACGUGGGUGAAGGCAUGGAGGAGGGAGAGUUUGCAGAGGCCAGAGAGGACCUGGCCUGUCUGGAAAAAGAUUACGAGGAGAUGGGCCAAAUGAACCCUGAUUCUGAAAAUGAUGACGAUGAAUGCUAAUCUUGAGGCCUUAGGCUGAGCUAGCAAAGCAGUCAUUGUCUCCUGAUUUUAUAUUUUAUCUUCUAAGCUAGAGUUAACUGAACUCUUGACAUAUCUGUGUAGAUUCUCAGUUAUUCAGGUCAUAAUAGUCCUAAGAGCUUGGUAAAAAAAGUGACUGGAUUUUAGUUUCAGAACUGAAAAAGCCUCUCCAAUAACAGAUGAGUGUCUUCAACAACCAAAAAAAGAAGUCCAGAUGCUUUUUACUGCAGCUCUUAGGACAAAGCAAUGACCUUUCUCACGGCCUCGUUUUUUAUAGUGCCAGCUUCAGAUUCAAAGAUCAAAGCUGAAUUUGAAUUGUGGUCUGAAAUAAAGCUCGUCUUGAUA